GACGUGGCAAUGAUGAAUUUUACGUAUAUAGGGUCUGGUCGUUUCUGUCUUCAUUUGUCAUUCGGAACAAUUGUCUCGGUUGAGGUCGUGGGCACGUUGCAGGGCCGAAUCCCGUAAAGCUCACGUUCCCUUCGAGUUGAGGCGGUUGGCAAGGAUCUUCUCGGCCUUGACCGACCGGACGAGAGAACAAUGCUGUUCCAAAGAUUACCUUGUUUCCUUGCGCAAUUCGUGUCAAAAAUCGGUGCUAUUGAACUGGGUGGAUUUAUUGCGGUGUUUGUCUGGGAGUACCAUUUUUCAUGGCUGAACACAUACAGUGGCUAUUUAUAUCAUUCCUUGUCUGCGCUUCCCUGUAUCUUCUUGUGUAUGUGUAGCAAUCGAGUGGUCAUCUGCCUCUUGCCCCGCUGUAUAACCAGCGGCAAUGAAAUAUUUUACAUCAAGAAUAUGGGCAAUCAGGUAGCACGGCGUAGAAUAACCAAGUAAGUAGCCAGUAGAUCGUAGUUCGUAGAACCGGUCCAUCC